UAAAUAUUAACAGACUUCUAUUCUUGAAGUGGUCGAUCUACAUAGUGUACAACAUGCGCCUUUAUCAUUACUUCUGUCCAAAGAUCAACUUUAAAAUCUACAAACUACAUACAUACAAAGAAUUCACAUAAAAUGAAUACAUAUAAGGGAUUGAUAAACGACAAACAUAAUCAUGCCUAAAAGUUUGUUUUUGCUUGUAUUUUGUGUGACAUUACCAGUUGUUGCAGAUACUUAUAAACCCGCUGUUAGAGGAGUACGAUACUUUGAACAAUCUCAAGCGCAUCAAAAUGACAGUGGAAUAAAUACAAAUAAAACUCAAAACACUACACCUAUUAAGGGAUAUCUAAAGUUCAAUGGUAGUAAAAUGAAUAACACAUCUUCAGCCUCUGGAAUGGCCCCUAACAAGUCAUCGACGUCAUCAUUGCCGACAACAAGCACAGUCUCAAGUAGUUUUUGGAGGAAUGGUACUGAACCAUGGAACAAUACCUCAUCCACGAUGUCUCCACAUGGAGUAGGGCAUAAGAAUGCUGUAAUGACGGGAGCAAUAGUUGGUAUAGUUGUGGGCUGUCUCGCACUUAUAGGACUUGCAAUAGCACUAGGAGUUUAUCUUAGAAAGAAAUACAGGGUUAGAAAAUACAGCCCACAAGUGAACCUCAUAGACAACCCAUCCUACAAACACCCUGACCUUGCACCUGUUGAAGCUAUAGAGCCAGACCAGGCUGAGAUGGAAUGGGAUGAUAGUGCUGAUCUUAGUCCCAGCACACUAGCUGACGAUGCCAACAUGAAUAAAAUAGUUUUUGAUAAAUUUGAUGAAAACAUUCUUAACACAAAGCUGCAGUUUUCAGACAAUUGAAUGUCUCAAUAGAGGAAAGGAAUCCAGAGGGCAUUCACAACAGAACCUGAUGCAGGAGAUGAAAUGGAAUGGGAUGAUAUGGGGGCUACAACUAUAUAUGAUGAAUCCAGAGAUGACUAUGUUGUCGAGUUCUAGACUACUAUAGGGGCUUCAACAUUUACAUUGUGUAUAACCUAGAAUGACUUUGAAAAGGAGCUCUACUGGAAUAUAUGGGAUAAACUGUAUAUGAUGGCCCCAGAAUAACUAUGUAGAGGGGCUCAAGACUGUAUGGGCUAAAUCUGUAUAUGAUGACCCAAAAAUGACUAGGAGUUCUACAUGGGGUGUUACUGUUAUGACAACCCCAGAAUGUCUAUGAAAUGGAAGUACUAGACUUAAUGGGAUAAAACUGUAUAUGAUGAGUCUUGAUGACGCCCAAAAAGACUAUAUAAAGGAGUUCUAGACAGGGAGAAAACUUAAUCUCUGACAACCUAAAACACUGCAUUAACAUGCAAAAUGUCAC